CAUUUGUGAAACCCCCACCGACGGAAAGGGGCCAGGACCCUCAGUUGACCGUUGGACUCCUCGCUCUUUAGAGCCGUUGCGGGGGCGGAGGCGCUUUUUUCGAAAACUCCCCCGACAACGGUCUCUCUCUCUUUCUCUUGCUAUCUAUGCUGAACGGGGAAGAGGGGAUCCCCUGAUCGGUCACCAAGUGGGUAUUUUCGAUUCGAUUCUGGUUUCUCAGACCGGCUACAAUGGAGGAAGCUCUGGAAUCCCGACAAACAGAAGUCCGAACCCAAAACGAUGAUGCUGAACCCUGUGAGAAGAAGAAGGGAGCGGCGCAUCGACGGCCCAGAGUGAGGGUGGUCAGUUCUAGGUUUAUGUCGCCCGUCGCUCCGGCUUCUUCAUCUUCUUCUUCCUCCACUUCCUUGGAUUGUCCUGGUUCUCUGAAGUGCCCAAUCCCGAGGCGUGCUCCUCCUCCCUCUUCUUGUUCAUCUUCUUCAUCGUCGUCUUCUCUUGGUACCAACCUCAGGGGUUCGCAAUCGGCGUUGAGAAGGCGGGCAAGUAACUCGUGCCCAAGCACUGAUGACGACGAGGGUGAGGGCGACGACACUGACGACGAUUGCGCGAGCUUGGACUCGACUCCUAUCAAGCCCGAUGGAGGAAGGAGCAUCAUCAGUCGUCCUCUCCGGCCAGCGAUAAAUCAACAGUUUAAUUUUCACCCGUCCCCCUUCGCGUCUGGUCUACAGCAGGGGAAGAGACGAGGAGCGAAGCAGUCGAAGGAAAUUGUGGAGCUAACUGAGAAUGUCGAUCCCCUGGACGGAAAUAGGAAAGUAAUGAACACCAUGAUUCCCAAGCGUUCAACUGUGGGCCGGACCCCGAAAACAACAUUCGUGUACAGCCAGAACCUUUUGAGACAUAACCCGCACGGAGGAGUGGUCUCCUCUGCUUCAACUACGGCUGCUGCUAGGCUGGUCCAAUCGAAUGGUCUAGUUCCUGGGAAGAAUGAAGCUCCUGGAUGUGGACUAAACGCCGAAACAGUUCGUGGGGGGUGCUCAAGUGACACCAUUAGCAGCCAAGCAAUCAUAUGCGACAGUCCUCCUCUUCCAGUUCAUGGCAGCAAUGCUGGCAAAGGUCGUGCAAUGCAUGGCUGCAGAUCUUCAAUGCCUGAGUCAGAUCUAUUGCCGACCAUGUCCAGAAAAACAUUAGUAGAAAUGAGUCGCAGCACCAGUGGAGAUCCCUUUGGUGAUCAGUAUCAUAAGUCGGUGGCACCUCUGUGCAGCCGAUCUCUGAAUUCAACUCUGUUAAGUUGUCAACAAUCUAUCUUCGCUGACAGCCCAAGCAAGUCAGUCUGCAAAUCUGUCACAGCGUCGAAGUGCUACCCGAGCCCCACCAAGACAAGUAGCACGUAUCUGCCACCACAUCCAUCAAAUGCCAAGAAUGUUGCUUCUGUUAUGAAACCAGCUGUUGAGCCAAUGAAGAGAGGAAAGAAGUUGUCUGGCCAUCAAGAAGAUGCUCAUCUUCUUCGCUUGCUUUACAAUCGCCAUCUUCAAUGGAGAUUUACAAAUGCAAAGGCAGAGGCUGCUAUGCAUGCACAAACCAUUUCCGCUGAGAGAUCGCUCCAUUGCUUGUGGGCGAAAAUUUCAGAAAUGCAGCAGUCUGUGUCCAGCAAACGUGCUGAAAUUGAGAGACUCAAAGCUUCCCGCAGGAUACGCAGCAUUCUUGAUGGACAAAUGCAACAUUUGGAAGCAUGGAGUGACCUGCGAGAGGAAUACCUAGCUUCUCUCUCAGAAGCGACAAAAGCUUUGCAGGACGCUACAGUCAGACUCCCUAUAGAUGGAGAUGUAAAGGUAGAUUGCAAAGCAAUCCAACAGGCUGUUAGUGUAGGAGCAGAUAACCUACAAGCUAUUUCUUGUUACGUGCAAAACUUCAUGCCAAUGGUGGAAGCAGCGAGUUCAAACGCAUCAGCACUGGCAUCCAUUGUAAACAGAGAAAAAGCAAUGGUUGAAGAUUGUGAAGCUCUACUGUCCAUGGCACAUGCCUUGCAGAUCCAAGAGUGCAGCUUGAGGAGUAACUUGGUUCAGCUAAGCAACCGAAGAAGCCAUUCAGGACAAGCAACACUUCAGGAAUAAAUAAUUCCAUCUCAUUCACCCAGCUGUAAUGCCAUCAAUAUUUGGCAUACAACUCAUUCGUAUGCGUUCAUCAAAUAAUGAUUCUGAGAUUGUUUUACUCCUGCCAAGCAAAAUUGCAUGAGAAUCUGAGAUAGCUUGAACGAAGUCUUUGUACAGAACAAUUUGAAUAAAGUUGAGAGAUUAUUGUUGAUUUUGUCAAAAUGCAUGGUUCAAAACAACAACAUUUUGAUAGAGCGAGUGCAGCUUGAGGAGUAACUUGGUUCAACUAAGCAACCGAAGCCAUUCAGGACAACCAAAGCUUCAACAAUAAACAAUUCCAUCUCAUUCAUCCAGCUGUAAUGCCAUCAAUAUUUGGCAUACAACUCAUUCGUAUGCGAUCAUCAAAUAAUGAUUCUGAGAUUGUUUUACUCCUGCCAAGCAAAAUUGCAUGAUAA